AUGAAACAUACUUCAAAUUUGGUUCACAUUGGAUCAGUGCUCGUGCUACUAAUAACCUAUUUGGUUGUUGCUAUGAUCACCUACUUGGUUGUUUCUCGUAUCUACUCUAGGAAAGCAAAAGUCAGUGACCUUUGCCCGGUCAAUCUAAAAUGUUUCACUUACGUGGAGCUCACUCAAGCUACAAAUGGAUUCAAGGAAGAACUAGGUCGCGGUGCUUUUGCGACAGUUUUCAAAGGAGUUUUAGCAUGUGAUAAAGGGAAGGUAGUUGCUGUAAAAAGAUUGGACACAGUGGUUAGAGAAAAUGACUGGGAAUUCAAAGCUGAAGUAGGUGCAAUUGGUGGAACAAAUCACAGAAAUUUAGUCAAACUACAAGGAUUCUGCAACGAGGGGCAGCACCGAAUUCUUGUGUAUGAGUUCAUCAGUAAUGGCUCUCUAGCAAGCUUCCUCUUUGGAGAGGUGAGGCUAACCUGGUAUCAAAGAAGGUUGAUUGCCUUGGGAACUGCAAGAGGGCUCUUAUAUUUGCAUGAGGAGUGCAGCAGCCAAAUCAUACAUUGUGACAUUAAGCCUCAGAACAUUCUUCUAGAUGAGUCUUACACAGCAAGAAUUGCUGACUUAGGAGUAGCCAAGCUUUUGAAAACGGACCAAACACGAACAACUACUAGAAUCAGGGGUACAAAAGGGUACGUGGCCCCAGAAUGGUACAAAAGUUUGCCUGUUACAGUAAAAGCUGAUGUUUACAGCUAUGGUGUUUUGCUAUUAGAGAUUAUUUUCUGCAGGAAGAAUUUCAAGGCAGAGGCAGAGGAUGAUGAUCAAAUGAUACUAGCUAAUUGGAAUGAUGAUGAUGAAGCAAAGGAUGACAUCAAAGCUGUGGAGAAGUACGUGAUGAUCGCAUUCUGGUGCAUUCAAGAGGAUCCAUCAAUGAGACCAACCAUGAAGACUGUCACACAGAUGCUUGAAGGAGUAGUUGAAGUGUCCGUCCCACAAAACCCAUCCUCAUUGUAUGCAAUUUAA